ACGAAUUCCCGUGUGGCCGUGUCUUUACGAGCAGUCGAACAGAGGAAGACGACCCAUUCAAUUCAAAUUCAUAGUCCCAAAAAAUUCAAGACUGCCCGCGUACACCGAAAUACAAAGGUGGCAGAUUCCCUUUCUUUUUGAUAAGAAACGUGUCGGUUCCAACAAGUUCCAUAUCAGCAAGGAAGCCUGUAAUUAUGGAGGAAAAUAGAGUUCAACUUCUAAGCUCAGAUGAUGAUCAUUAUGGAGGAGUUCUUGUAAACGUGAAGCAUCCUAUGGAUUCUAACGCCUUUUCUACUUUGCUGAAAGCUUCAAUACAACAAUGGAAGCAACAGGGGAAGAGGGGUGUCUGGAUCAAAUUGCCCAUCGAACAAGUAAAUCUUGUUGAAGCUGCAGUUAAGGAAGGAUUUCGGUAUCACCAUGCUGAAGCAGAUUACUUAAUGCUCGUGUAUUGGAUUCCUGAAACUACUGAUACUCUUCCAGCAAAUGCUUCACAUCGAGUGGGUAUUGGUGCUUUUGUCAUGAACAGUCAGAGACAGGUGCUUGUAGUUAUGGAGAAUAGUGGCAGAUUCAAAGGAACAGGUGUGUGGAAGUUCCCUACUGGGGUUGUUAAUGAAGGUGAGGAUAUUUGUACAGCUGCAGUUAGGGAAGUCAAAGAAGAGACAGGAAUUGAUACAGAAUUCGUUGAAGUUUUAGCAUUUAGGGAAAGCCACGAGUCAUUCUUUAGCAAAUCAGAUUUGUUAUUUAUUUGCAUGUUGCAACCACGCUCCUUUGACAUCCAGAAGCAGAAUCAGGAGAUUGAAGCAGCCCAGUGGAUGCCAGUUGAGGACUAUGCAGCCCAACCUUUUAUCCGAGAACACGAGCAAUUCAAUUAUAUUGCCAAGAUAUGCUUAGCAAAGUUAGAUAAGGACUAUGCUGGUUUUUCUCGAAUAUCUGCAGCUACAGCUUCUGGCAAAACAAUCUCCCUGUACAGCAGCAAUCUUGGCAAUCAGCAGUAGAGAGGUUUGCACCACCAUACUUCUGACAAUCAGCAGUAGAAAGGCUGAUGUAACACCAUAUAGCUGUGACAAUGAGGCCUGUUAUUCAUCCAAAAAUAAAAAAUAAAAAAAAUAAGGGCAUACUGUACGUAUCGAAUGUUAUACUUCGUCUAGAUUUCUUUACCAUAUGAUAUGAUUAUUCCAUAACUUGAUCAGCACUGUCAUGGCGUCGAUCACAACUUGCAUGACACGUACAUGGAAAAGUUGACUACUGCUCCUUUGAUUUGCAUUAUAACCCCUUGACAGACGCCAAUUUAGCCGACUGCCGAGUUUUCUUUAUUGGUCGUUCUUUCAUCAUUUGUCAUUGUCCCACUUGGGUGAUCAUCGGCUCCUUCUAUUUCUGUAAUUCUUAAUUUUCUGUCCUUUAGCCAAUUCUCCGCUCAUAUUGGAUAAUUACGUGCAAUAAAGUGGUUCAUUAUGUAUCUCAA